AACGAGAACUUGUGCUAGAAGUAGAAAGGAUGAGAUUAGAAUAUGGUAUAGCUCUGGGAAAUAAAUCUCCAUCUCGCCUAGAUGCAUUUAUAAAGACUUUAGAAGAAGACAGAGAUUAUUACAAGCAAGAAUUAGAAUAUCUUCAGAAAAUGGUAAAACGAAGGCCUAGCCCAAGCCGUAGGACUUCAGAGAAGAGUGAAGAUCUUAGAUUCAUCACCAGAGAAAGAGACGAGCUACGGUCCAUGUUAGACAGAUUUGAAAAACACAUGAUAGAAAUUCAAUCCAAUGUCAAAUUAUUGACUACAGAAAGAGAUAGAUUAAAUAUUCUUUAUGAGCAGUCUCAGGAUGAAUUGAACAGGAUGAGAAAAGAAGCAAAACAUAGUUCAGUUUCUCAAAGUCACGUGGAAGAAGAAAGAGACAGUGCACUGGCUGAUUUCAGAAGAAUAAUGGCAGAAAAAGAAAGCCUCAGAGAAAAACUGAAGAUUCAGCAAGAAGCAGCUAACCUUGAAAAAUCAAAGAUGCAGCAUGAUAUUUCAGAACUGGAGAAUAAUAUUCAAGGAUUUGAGAUGGAAAGGUGUGAACUAAAGGCUACAAUCUCUAUCCUGAAAGAAAGAAUAAACUCUUUGGAAAAUGAAUUAAAAUUGAAGUCCAGUAAACUUGUCCAGACAUAUGAUGAUUCUUCUCAAUUUAAAGCUGAGAUUUGCUCACUUCAGCUCUUAAAUGACCAACUCCAGAGGUCUGUUGAAGAUCUACAGCACCGAUUGGCCCUCAAAAAGAAUGAACUGCAGUCAGCUCAAGAAGAAAUUGUGAAGCUAGAGGAUAAAAUAGAUAGGUUAAAUCAGAGGAGCACUUCCCAGGAUGAAGCAGUCAAUGUACUUAGAAGUACUAUUACUGUUUUGGACAAAGAAAAGGAUAGUCUUCAAGAAACCGUAGACGAAAAAACAGAAAGAAUCGCAUGCUUAGAUGACAACUUAGCUAACAAGGAAAAAACAAUUGCUCAUUUACGUCUAACUCUCUCUGAACUGGAGUCCUCAAAUGACCAGAUGAAGGACGUGCUGAGCAGCAGAGACCGUGAGAUAUCUAGCUUACAUCGCCAGCUUGAUACGUCCCAUGUAGAGCUUGCAGAGAUAGGAAGAGUAAAGGAAAUGGCUCUGAAAGAAAACAGGCGACUGCAAGAUGACCUAGCUACAAUGGCCAGAGAAAACCAGGCUAUCAGUACUGAGCUUGAAGAUGCAGUACGUGAAAAAGAAGAAAUGAAAACCAGGGUUCAUAAUUAUAUAACUGAAGUUUCUAGAUUUGAGACCUUGAUGGCUUCAAAGGAAAAAGAAAAUGAAGAAUUGUUAGAGAAGUUCCGAAUGGUCCAUGCACAAGCAGAAGACUGGGAAAUGAAGGCUCAUCAAGCUGAAGGAGAAAGCACCUCUAUACGACUUGAACUCCUGUCUGUAGAUACAGAUCGGAGACAUCUCCAAGAGAAAGUAGAGCUUCUGGAAAAAGAGAUUCAAGGGCAUAUCUUUGCACAUCAAGCAUAUGAAUCUCAGAUCUCCUCCAUUACAAAAAAAAUGUCCAAAUUGGAAGAGGAUGUUAAACGUGAAAAUCAAGAUAAGUCUUCUGUGUUGGCAGACCUGGCUUCUGUGAGGGAACUCUGUGUGAAACUUGAGGCUAACAAAGAACUCUUAUCUCGACAGCUGACAUCCAAAAGCAUGGAUUAUGAAAAGGUUCUAGGUGAAUUAGAAGAUAUAAAAUCAGAAGUAGAGUUGCUGAAAAAGCAGUUAUCCAGUGAGCGACUUACAGUUCAGAAUCUUGAAGCAUUGCUGGCUACUAGUAGGGACAAAGAAUUUAAGAACCAUUUAUCAUCCCAUGAGAAAGAUUCCGAAAUUCAAUUACUGAAAGACAAGCUAACACUCGCCGAGAGCAAACUAAGCAGCUCUAACAGAGAGGUUCCCGUACUUCGAAGUAAAGUUGCACAGCUGCAGACUGACUGCGAUACUUUAAAAAGGCAACUGACAACUGAACGAUUUGAACGAGAGCGUGCAGUUCAGGAAAUGCGUCGCCAUGGGCUCUCUACAUCAUCCUUACGUGCUUCACCUCCUCUCAGUUCAACAUUAAGGUCUCCCUCACAUUCUCCAGAACGUACCAGUAUAAGGACAACUGAGAAAGCAGCAGCUGAAAAAAAUGUGAGCUUCAAGGAUUAA